CCCAGCUGUCUCCCUCAGAGACCCCACCCUUCCAGGACCAAACUUUCCAGAAGGCGUCCAGGGAGUGGCCAGGAGCCGUCCUCACUUCCUUCUUGGAACUCAGGCAUCCAGAAUCACCAUCCCUCCUUCCCAGGCCUUCACAGUUUCCCAUUUCAUCUGGCCCUAAGGAUGGCAGCCUCCUCCAGGAAGUUGGCAUCAUCUGCCUGGCACGUGGCCCAGGGUGUGGCCUGAGGGGACCAGAAACUCCACUAUAUAGCCCUGCCACAGGGCUGGCCCUGCGGCUCCAGGGACCUGCAGGUGAGAAGGGCUGGGGUCCCCUUUGGAAGUGGAACAGCAGGUCCCCUACUCUUGCUCCUGGCUUUAGGCCUCCUCAUCCUACCCAUAGACCCACAAGACAGCCAACUCCCUACCCCCUCCAGACCCACUGGACAGCCAGCCUCCCCUAUACACACACUGGUCCUUGGAUCCAUACCCCCGGUCCAAUCUGCCUGACUUCUUUCCCCACCUCAGCCUUCGUGGUCCCAGGUGGCCCUUGUCAUGAGAGUGGGCCCUUCUGCCGAGGACAGUCUCCAACAGAGGCAGUGACUCAGCCUUCUAUGAUCCCUUCUCUUUUCCUACUGCAGCCAUGGGUGCCCUGUGGAGCUGGUGGAUACUCUGGGCUGGAGCAACCCUCCUGUGGGGAUUGACCCAGGAGGCUUCAGUGGACCUCAAGAACACUGGCAGGAACGAAUUCCUCACCGCCUUCCUGCAGAACUAUCAGCUGGCCUACAGCAAGGACUACCCCCGCCUCCUUAUCUCCAGUCUGUCAGAGAGCCCCGCUUCUGUCUUCAUCCUCAGCCAGGCAGACAAAACCUCACACAACGUCACAGUGAGGCCUGGGGAGUCAGUCAUGGUCAACAUUAGUGCCAAGGCUGAGAUGAUAGGCAGCAAGAUCUUCCAGCACGCGGUGGUGAUCCACUCUGACCGUGCUAUCUCUGUGCAGGCACUAAAUGCCAAGCCCGACACAGCGGAGCUGACACUGCUGCGGCCCAUCCAGGCCCUGGGCACCGAGUACUUUGUGCUCACACCCCCUGGCACCUCAGCCAGGAAUGUCAAGGAGUUUGCCGUGGUGGCCGGUGCCACAGGUGCCUCGGUCAGUGUCACGCUGAAGGGGUCAGUGACAUUCAAUGGCAAGUUCUAUCCAGCAGGCGAUGUCCUAAGUGUGACUCUAGAGCCCUACAGUGUGGCCCAGCUACAGAGCUCAGUGGAUCUCUCGGGGUCAAAGGUCACAGCUAGUAGCCCCGUGGCUGUCCUCUCUGGCCACAGCUGUGCCCAGAAACAUACGACCUGUAACCAUGUGGUCGAGCAGCUGCUACCCACAUCUGCCUGGGGCACCCACUAUGUAGUACCCACGCUGGCCUCCCAGUCCCGCUAUGAUUUGGCCUUCGUCGUGGCCAGCCAGACCACAAAGCUGACCUAUAACCAUGGGGGUAUCACUGGCUCCCGUGGGCUCCAGGCAGGUGAUGUGGUAGAGUUUGAGGUUCGGCCAUCCCGGCCACUCUACCUGUCUGCAGAUGUGGGCAUCCAGGUCCUGCUGUUUGGCACAGGUGCCAUAAGGAAUGAAGUGACUUAUGACCCCUACCUGGUCCUGAUCCCAGAUGUAGCGGCCUACUGCCCUGCCUAUGUGGUCAAGAGUGUACCGGGCUCUGAGGGCGUGGCCCUGGUGGUGGCACAGACAAAGGCUAUCAGCGGGCUGACCAUAGAUGGGCAUGCAGUGGAGGCCAAGCUCACCUGGGCGGCUGUGCCAGGCAGUGAGUUCUCGUAUGCUGAAGUGGAGCUCGGCACGGCUGACACGAUCCACACCGCCGAGGCCACCACUAACUUCGGGCUGCUCACCUUCGGGCUGGCCAAAGCUACAGGCUUCGCAACAGCAGCUGAUUGUGGUCGGACUGUGGUGUCCCCAGCGAAGCCCUCCUGCGAAGGCGUGCAGUGCGCAGCUGGGCAGCGCUGCCAGGUGGCAGGCGGGAAGGCCAAGUGUGUGGCGGAGUCCACCGCUGUCUGUCGCGCCCAGGGCGACCCCCAUUACACCACCUUCGACGGCCGUCGCUACGACAUGAUGGGCACCUGUUCAUACACGAUGGCGGAGCUGUGCGGCGACGACGACACCCUGCCUGCCUUCAGCGUGGAGGCCAAGAACGAGCACCGGGGCAGCCGCCGCGUCUCCUACGUGGGCCUCGUCACUGUGCACGCCUACAGCCACUCCGUGUCGCUGACCCGCGGGGAAGUUGGCUUCGUCCUAGUUGACAAACAGCGCUCGCGCCUGCCAGUCUCCCUGAGCGAGGGUCGCCUGCGUGUGUACCAGAGUGGACCACGGGCCGUGGUGGAGCUGGUCUUUGGGCUGGUGGUCACUUAUGACUGGGACUGCCAGCUGGCACUCAGCCUGCCUGCACGCUUCCAAGACCAGGUGUGCGGGCUGUGUGGCAACUAUAAUGGUGACCCAGCAGACGACUUCCUCCUGCCUGACGGGGAUCUGGCUCCUGACGCUGUGGAGUUCGCAAGUAGCUGGAAGCUGGAUGAUGGGGACUACCUGUGUGAGGAUGGCUGCCAGAACAACUGUCCCACCUGCACCCCAGGCCAGGCCCAACACUAUGAGGGCGACAGACUCUGUGGCAUGCUGACCAAGCUUGAUGGCCCCUUUGCUGUCUGCCAUGGCACCCUGGACCCCAGGUCCUUCCUGGAGCAGUGUGUAUAUGACCUGUGUGUGGUCGGUGGGGAGCGGCUCAGCCUGUGCCGUGGCCUCAGCGCCUAUGCCCAGGCCUGUCUGGAGCUUGGCAUCUCAGUUGGGAACUGGAGACCUCCAGCCAACUGCCCCCUGUCCUGCCCUGCCAACAGCCGCUAUGAGCUCUGCAGCCCUGCCUGCCCGGCCUCCUGCAACGAGGCUGCGGCCCCGUCCAACUGCUCCGGGCGCCCCUGCGUAGAAGGCUGCGUGUGCCUCCCGGGCUUCGUGGCCAGCGGCGGCGCCUGCGUGCCGGCCUCGUCGUGCGGCUGCACCUUCCAGGGUCUCCAGCUCGCUCCAGGCCAGGAGGUGUGGGCGGACGAGUCGUGCCGAAGGCGCUGCACCUGCAACGGCGCCACCCAUCAGGUGACCUGCCGCGACACACAGGGCUGCCCGGCGGGUGAGAUCUGCAGCGACCAGAACGGCCUCCUGGGCUGCUACCCCAAUCGCUUCGGGACCUGUCAGGGGUCCGGGGACCCACACUAUGUGAGCUUCGACGGCCGGCGCUUCGACUUCAUGGGCACCUGCACGUACCUGCUGGUGGGCUCAUGCGGCCAGAACGCAGCGCUGCCCGCCUUCCGGGUGCUGGUGGAAAAUGAGCAUCGGGGAAGCCAGACUGUGAGCUACACGCGCGCCGUGCGGGUGGAGGCCCGCGGGGUGAAGGUGGUGGUGCGCCGGGAGUACCCGGGGCAAGUUCUGGUGGAUGACGUCCUUCAGUACCUGCCCUUCCAAGCAGCAGAUGGGCAGGUGCAGGUGUUCCGCCAGGGCAGGGACGCCGUCGUGCGCACGGACUUUGGUCUGACUGUCACCUACAACUGGGAUGCACGAGUGACUACCAAGGUGCCCAGCAGCUAUGCUGAGGCCCUGUGUGGACUCUGUGGGAACUUCAACGGGGACCCAGCUGACGACCUGGCUCUGCGGGGUGGGGGUCAAGCUGCCAAUGCACUGGCUUUUGGGAACAGCUGGCAAGAAGAGACAAGGUCCGGCUGUGGAGCAACUGAACCGGGUGAUUGUCCCAAGCUGGACUCCCUGGUGGCCCAGCAGCUGCAGAGCAAGAAUGAGUGUGGAAUCCUCGCGGACCCCCAGGGGCCCUUCCGAGAGUGCCACAGCAAGCUGGACCCCCAGGGUGCCGUGCGCGACUGUGUGUAUGACCGCUGCCUGCUGCCAGGCCAGUCUGGGCCACUAUGUGACGCAUUGGCCACCUAUGCUGCUGCAUGCCAGGCCGCUGGAGCCACAGUGCACCCCUGGAGGAGUGAAAAACUUUGCUCACUGAGCUGUCCACCCAACAGCCACUAUGAGGCGUGUUCCUACGGCUGCCCGCUGUCCUGUGGAGACCUCCCAGUGCGCGGAGGCUGUGGCUCAGAAUGCCAUGAGGGCUGCGUGUGCGAUGAGGGCUUUGCGCUCAGUGGUGAGUCCUGCCUGCCUCUGGCCUCCUGUGGCUGCGUACACCAGGGCACCUACUACCCACCAGGCCAGACCUUCUACCCUGGCCCCGGGUGUGAUUCCCUUUGCCACUGCCAGGAGGGCGGCCUUGUAUCCUGUGAGCCCUCCAGCUGCGGCCCGCACGAGGCCUGCCAGCCAUCCGGUGGCACCCACCGCCUCAUCCCGGCGGUGGCACCUUGGGCUUGUGGCCGGCAGGCUCUGCACCUGGCCAGAGACCCCCACUACACCACCUUCGAUGGCCGCCGCCCGACUUCAGCGUGACACACCUGCGUGUAUGUGCUGGCUCAGACUUGCGGCACCUAGGCUGGCCUGCAUCAGUUUGCCGUCCUGCAGGAGAACGUGGCCUGGGGUAAUGGGCGAGUCAGUGUGACCAGGGUGAUCACGGUCCAGGGAGGCUUCACCCUGCGGCUGGAGCAGGAGCAGUGGAAAGUUACAGUGGAGGGUGAGCGGUGUGGACACGAGGCGCCCGUGGUGCUGGCCAGCGGCCAGAUCCAGGCCUCAGCAUGGAUUUCAGGCGUUGUGAUUGAGACCGACCGGCCUGCGUGUGGCCCUCCCGACCUUGUGUACUAUGUGCGGGUCACCAUCCCUGGAAACUACUACCAGCAGAUGUGCGUGUGUGGGAACUGGCGUGACCCCAAGGAUGACUUCCAGAAGCCCAAGCGGCUCUCCACAGGUGAGCAAGCCAAUGACUGGCAACUCUGGAGGAGGCGGUGCCUGGCUCUCCUGCCGCCACCCACCUGCCUGCCAGGAGCGAGGAGCUGCAUGACAUCGCAGUGUCCUCUGAGCAGGAGAAAAUGUCAGAAGGAGGAGUUCUGUGGAAGCUCCUCCAGCGCCACAGGAGGAGGCAUGGCCUCCUGCCACAAGCUAGUAGAUCCCAGGGGUCCCUUGCGGUGCGUCUUUGAUCUCUGCCUGGGUGGAGACCUGAGCAUUCUCUGCAGCAACAUCCAUGCCUAUGUAGUGCUUGCCAAGGCGGCUGGAGGCCACGUGAAGCCCUGGAGGACGGAAACUUUCUGUCAAUGCCAGAGAUGUGAGAGUCGGCUCCACCACAAGUGGUGUCUGGUAUUCAAGCCGUGCCCUCUCUCCCCACAGCCGGAGCAGACAGUCCUCAUUGACGACUAUCGGCAGCAGUGGUACCAUGGGUAAGGCGUGUUGUGCCAGGAACACAGCUGCCAGCCGAGGCGGAGUGUGCAGCCCUCCCGGGAAAAUGCAGAGAUCACAUCACGAGAUACCUGGCACAGACUGGGAGUGAAUGUGGAGAGGGGAGCGGCCAUCCUUUACAAUGGAGCCUCUCAAGGUCCUCCCUCUUCACUAUUUAGGCCGUCGGCAGUCAUGUUUGUGCGGCCACAGGAGGCGUGCAAAGGCAGGUGGCGGGCGUGUGCGUGCCCAACUAGGCGCUCGUGCUGGAUAUGGGCGACCCACUACCACUCCUUCGGCGGCCGAGCGUUUGACUAGGGCACCUGUAACUAUGUGCUGGCAACAACUGGCUGCCCGGGGGUCAACACCCAGGGCCUGACGCCCUUCACCGUCACCACCAGAAACGGGAGGCAGGGCAACCCUGCUGUGUCCGUGAGAGUCGUCACUGUGGCUGCCCUGGGCACCAGCAUCUCCAUCCACGAGGCGAGAUCGAAAAACCAAAGUCCAGGUGAAACCAUUUUUGAUGUGCCCCAGCAGCGUUGCCUGUCAGCGAGGGCCAGCAGGCGGAUUUCAGUGACCACGGUGCAUCAAGGCUGCCCAUUAGCUGACUUUGGACUGCAAGUCAGCUGCUAUAUAAACUGGAAUUGGCGGGUAGAUGUGACGCUGCCCAGCAGCUAUCAUGGCGCAGUGUGCGGGCUCUGUGGUAACAUGGACGCAACCCCAUGUGACCAGGCCUUCCCUAAUGGCACCCUGGCUCCAAUCUGGGGCGGCAGCUGGCGAGUCCCAGGCUGGGACCCACUGUGUUGGGACGUAUGUCCGGGAGUCACGCCAACGUGCCUGGAGGACAAGUUGGAACAGUACGAGGAGCCCUGGCUUUCAUGACCCCUGGUCCCUGGUGCAGGGGGCUUCGCCACUGCACUGCCCCACGCUCAUGUGCCACCUGAGAGCUUCUUCAAGGGCUGUGUUCUGGACGUCUGCAUGGGUGGUGGGGGCCACGACAUUCUUUGCAAGGCGCUGCUUCCCUGCGGCGCAUGCCAGGCCGCUGGGGUUGUCAUGAGGCACAAGGCGGCCACAGAGAUCACCUGCCGCAGCCACUAUGAGGUCUGCGGCCCACCCUGCCCGGCCAGCUGUCCGUCCCCUGCCCUGCAACCCCAGCCGUGUCUGAGGUCCCUGUGUGGAGGCUGCCAGUGCUGACGGAGUUUCGUGCUAAGUGUUGACCGCUGUGUUCCAAACAACGGCUAUGGCUGCUGGACAGCGGCACCUACCACAGGCCCGGGCAGUGAGUUUUGGGCUGAUGGCACCUGCUCCCGGGAGUGCCGCUGCGGGCCUGGGGGUGGCUCGCUGGUCUGCACACCUGCCAGCUGUGGGCUGGGUGAAGUGUGUGGCCUCCUGCCAUCCGUGCAGCUGCCAGCCUGUAGCACAGCUGAGUGCCAGGCCUGGGGACCCCAUUGCGUCACUCUGGAUAGGCACCUCGACUUCCAAGGCAACUGCUGAAGGCUGCUGAGUGCACCCUGCCCGCGGACCACCCUCGGGGCUGUGAACUUCACUGUCACUGUAGCCAAUGAGCACCGGGGCAGCCAGGCACAUCGCUACACCCGCAGUGUCACCCUGCAAAUCAACCAUAGCCUGACACUGGCUAGUAGGUGGCCCCGCCCGCAGGUGGACGGCGUGUUGUGGCUCUGCCCUUCCAGCCUGGAUUCGCUGCUGCACGCACACCUGGCCGCGCCCGGCGUGGUGGUGACCACAACCUCAGGGCUCUCGCUGACUUUCGAUGGGGACAGCUUUGUGCGCCUGCAGUGCCGGCGGCUCUUGCCGGCGCUCUCAUGGCUAUGCGGGAACUGGCAGGACCCCGCCGGCGACCUGAAGGCUGUGGACGGGAAGCCUGCUGAUGGCAGAGUGGCGCGCUCGGGCUGCGGAGAAUGUGUGCCUGCCUGCCACGUGCAGUGCACCCCAGAGCAGCAGGAGUCCUUCGCUGCAGCCCCGAACGCCUGCGGGAUCUCCGCCACCGACGGCCCGCUGGCGCCACUGCCCGCCUCGUGCACUUCACUGAUGCCGGGCUGCUUGCUGGACGCCUGCCAAGUUCAGGGCCAUCCUGGAGGCCUCUGUCCUGCAGUGGCCGCCUACGUGGCAGCUUCCUUCCAGUGCCCUGCCAACAGUCACUACUCCCAGCUCUGCGCGUGGCUCCUGCCUGUGAGGCUGCCGUCCUGGCCGGGUGAGUGGCCUGCCGUGAAGGCUGUGGCUGUGCGAUGCUGGAUUAGACACUCUGUUGGUGACACCUGUGUACCUGUGGGCCAGUGUGGCUGCCUCCAUGAUGACCGCUACUACCCGCUGGGCAGACCUUCUACCUGGCCUGGGUGUGAUUCCAGCUUGCCACUGCCAGGAGGCGGCCUGGUGUCCUGUCAACCCUCCAGCUGCGGCCACGCCACAGGCUGCCAGCCAUCCGGUGGCACAUUAGGCUGUGUGGCCGUAGGCUCUGCCACCUGCCAGGCGUCGGGGAGACCCCACCACACCUUCGAUGGCCGCGCUUCGACCAUAGGCACCUGCGUGCUUUGUAUGGUGUUGGCUCCAGCCUGCAGCACCCGGCCUGGCCUGCAUCGGUUUGCCGUCCUGCAGGAGAACGUGGCCUGGGAGUAGUAGGCGAUCAGUGUGACCCAGGGUGAUCCACGGUCAGGUGAAACUUCACCCCUGCGGCUGGAGCAGAGACAGUGGAAGGUCACGGUGAACGGUGUGGACAUGAAGCUGCCCGUGGUGCUGGCCAACGGCCAGAUCCGAGCCUUUCAGCAUGGUUCAGACGUUGUGAUUGAGACCGACUUCGGCCUGCGUGUGGCCUACGACCUUGUGUAUAUAUGUAGGUCACACAUCCCGACUACUGCGGCACAGUGUGCGCUGUGUGGGAACUACAGCGGCGACCCCCAGGAUGACUUCCAGAGAAGCCCGCGGCUCACAGGCAGGCAACGCCAGCUGACCCGGCAACUCUGGGAGGAGGCGGUGCCCGGCUCUCCUGCCUACGCCACCACCUGCCCGCCAGGCGAGGGCUGUGACAUCAGCAAGUGUCCUCCCGAGCCCAGGAAAAAUAUCCCAGAGGAGGAGUUCUGUGGGCUCCUCUCCAGCGCCACAGGGCCGCUGGCCUCCUGCCACAAGCUAGUAGAUCCCCAGGGUCCCUUGCAAGAUUGCGUCUUUGAUCUCUGCCUGGGUGGUGGGAACCUGAGCAUUCUCUGCAGCAACAUCCAUGCCUAUGUGAGUGCUUGCCAGGCUGCUGGAGGCCACGUGAAGCCCUGGAGGGACGAGACUCCUUGCAGCCAUGAAGUGCCCGUGAGCAGCCACUAUGAGCUCUGCGCGGACACCUUCCUGGGCUGCGUACCAGUGCCCACUCUGCAGCCUUGAAUUGGGUGUGCUGAAGGCUGCCAGUGUGACGCCCGACCCUCUGGCGGUGAAGCCUGCGUGCCCAUCCAGCAGUGCGGCUGCUACCACAAUGGUGUCUACUAUGAGCGUGGUAUGAUGGCCGUGCCCUCUCUCCCCCACGGCGGAGCAGACAGUCCUCAUUGGCCUGACUGUCGGCAGCAGUGUACGUGCCAGAGUAAAGGCGUGUUGUGCCAGGAACACAGCUGCCAGCCGGGGCAGGUGUGCCAGCCCUCCGGAGCCCUCUCAAGGUCCUCCCUCUUCUGUCCCCAGGCUUCCCGUGCGGCCGGUGUGACAGCCCGGCCACAGGAGACGUGCAAGGAGCAGGGUGGCCAGGGCGUGUGCGUGCCCAACUAUGAGGCUACGUGGCUGUGGGGCGACCCACACUACCACUCCUUGACGGCCGACGUUUGACUUCAGGGCACCUGUAACUAUGUGCUGGCAACAACUGGCUGCACAGAUGCAUCCAAGAGCUUACUGGUGGCUGACUUUGGACUGCAAGUCAGCUAUGACUGGAGGUGGCGGGUAGUGCAGCGCUGCCGCAGCUAUCAUGGCGCAGUCUGCGGGCUCUGUAGUAACAUGGACCGCCUCAGCAAUGGCCAGGCCUUCCCUAUUGGCACCUGGCUCCCCUCACCCAUCUGGGGCGGCAGCUGGCGGCGGGUCCCAGGCUGGGACCUGUGUUGGGGGCGUGUCCGUCCUGCGUGCCCUGAGGACAAGUUGGAACGAUACGAGGCCCUGGCUGGAUGGCCCUGGUCCCUGGCAGGGGCCUGCGCCACCUGCCAUGCUCAUGCCACCUGAGAGGGCUUCUUCAAGGGCUGUGUUGUUCUGGACGUCUGUAUGGGUGGUGGAGCCCCAUUUCUUUGCAAGGCGCUGGCCACCUGCGUGGCCGCCUGCCAGGCCGCCGGGUUGUCAUCGGGCUGGCGGCCACAGGUCGGCUGUGAGAUCACCUGCCCAGAAAACAGCCACUAUGAGGUCUGCGGCCCACCCUGCCCGGCCAGCUGUCCAUCCCCUGCACCCCCUGCGACCCCAGCCGUAUGCGAGGGUCACACAUGUGUGUGGGAGGAGCUGCUAGUCUUGACAGCGGAGUUUGGAGUGCUGAGAGUGCCCGACCGCUGUGUUCUAAACAACGGCUGCGGCUGCUGGACGCGGCACCUACACGAGGCGGGCAGUGUUUGGGCUGAUGGCACCUGCUCCCACAGGUGCCGCUGGGCCUGGGGUGGCUAGCUGGUCUGCCAACACCUGCCAGCGUGCCAGGCUGGUGAAGUGUGCAGCCUCCUGCCAUCCGGCCAGCACGGCUGCCAGCCCAUCAGCACAGCUGAGUGCCAGCUGGGAGGUGACCCCCAUUACGUCACUCUGGAUGGGCGAUUCGACUUCAAGGCAACUGCAGUACUGCUGAGUGCACCCUGCCACGGACCACCUCCACGGGACUGUAGAGACUUCACUGUCACUGUAGCCAAUGAGCACCGGGGCAGCCAGGCUGUCAGCUACACCCGCAGUGUCACCCUGCAAAUCUACAACCAUAGCCUGACACUGAGUGCCCGCUGGCCCCGGCAGCUACAGGUGGACGGCGUGUUAGUGGCUCUGCCCUUCCAGCUGAUUCUACUGCUGCACGCACACCUGAGCGGCGCCGACGUGGUGGUGACUACAACCUCAGGGCUCUCGCUGACUUUCGAUGGGGACAACCGUGCGCCUGCGCGUGCCGGCGGCGUACGCCCGGGCGCUCUCUGUGGCUUAUGCGGGAACUACAACCGGGACCCCGCCGACGACCUGAGAGCUGUGGACGGGAAGCCUGCUGGAUGGCAGGUGGGCGGCACUGGCUGCGGAGAAUGUGUGUCUGGGCCAUGCCCGUCGCAGUGCACCCCAGAGCAGCAGGAGUGCUGCCGGCCCGGACGCCUGGCGUGAUCUCCGCCACCCGACAGCCCGCUGGCGCCUGCCUGCCUCGUGCCGCCCGCGCAGUACUUCCAGGGCUGCUUGCUGGACGCCUGCCAAGUUCAGGGCCAUCCUGGAGGCCUCUGUCCUGCAGUAACCGCCUAUGUAACAGCUUGUCAGGCGCUGGGAAUGGCUGGCCCGAGUGGAGCACCUUGGGGAGAAUGGCGAGAACCGGGAGGCUGCCCCUUCCAGUGCCCUGCCCACAGCCACUACGAGCUCUGCGGUGACUCCUGCCCCGUGAGCUGCCCGAGCCUCUCAGCACCCGAGGGCUGUGAGUCGGCCUGCCGUGAAGGCUGUGUCUGCGAUGCUGGCUUUGUGCUCAGUGGUGACACCUGUGUACCUGUGGGCCAGUGUGGCUGCCUGUAUGACGGCCGAUACUACCCGCUGGGUGAGGCCUUCUACCCAGGCCCUGAGUGUGAGCGGCGCUGUGAGUGUGGGCCAGGUGGCCAUGUCACCUGCCAGGAGGGCGCGGCCUGUGGGCCCCAUGAGGAGUGCCGGUUAGAGGAUGGUGUCCGGGCCUGUCAUGCCACAGGCUGUGGCCGCUGCCUGGCCAAUGGGGGCAUCCACUACGUCACCCUUGACGGCCGUGUCUUCGACCUGCAUGGCUCCUGCUCCUAUGUCUUGGCCCAAGUCUGCCAGCCGAAGCCUGGGGAUGAGGACUUUUCCAUCGUGCUUGAAAAGAACGCAGCUGGAGAUCCCCAGCGCCUCCUGGUUACUGUGUCUGGCCAGGUUGUCAGCCUAGCUCAGGGGCAGCAGGUCACCGUGGACGGCGAGGCUGUGGCCCUGCCUGUGGCUGUGGGCCGUGUGCGGGUGACCGCCGAAGGCCGAAACAUGGUUCUGCAGACGACCAAGGGGCUGCGGCUUCUCUUUGAUGGCGAUGCCCAAGUCCUCAUGUCCAUCCCCAGCUCCUUCCGUGGAAGGCUCUGUGGCCUCUGUGGGAACUUCAAUGGCAACUGGAGUGAUGACUUUGUCCUGCCCAAUGGCUUGGCAGCGUCCAGUGUGGAGACCUUCGGGGCUGCAUGGCGGGCGCCCGGCUCUUCCAAGGGCUGUGGCGAGGGCUGCGGGCCCCAAGGCUGCCCCGUGUGCUCGGCAGAGGAGACUGCACCCUAUGAGAGCAACAAGGCCUGCGGGCAGCUCCGGAACCCCCAGGGACCCUUCGCGACCUGCCAGGCUGUGCUGAGUCCCUCUGAGUACUUCCGCCAAUGCGUAUACGACCUGUGCGCGCAAAAGGGCGACACAGCCUUCCUGUGCCGCAGCCUGGCAGCCUAUACGGCGGCCUGUCAGGCAGCCGGCGUGGCCGUGAAGCCCUGGAGGACAGAGAGCUUCUGCCCGCUCCAGUGCCCCGCCCACAGCCACUACUCCAUCUGCACACACACCUGCCAGGGCUCCUGUGCGGCUCUCUCUGGCCUCACGGGCUGCACCACCCGCUGUUUUGAGGGCUGUGAGUGUGACGACCGCUUCCUGCUUUCCCAGGGUGUCUGCAUCCCUGUCCAAGAUUGUGGCUGCACCCAUAAUGGCCGAUACUUGCCGGUGAACUCCUCCCUGCUGACCUCAGACUGCAGCAAGCGCUGUUCCUGUUCCUCAAGCUCCGGCCUGACAUGCCAGGCAGCUGGCUGCCCACCAGGCCGCGUAUGCGAGGUCAAGGCUGAAGCCCGGCAGUGCUGGGCCGCCCGUGGUCUCUGUGUCCUGUCUGUGGGUGCCAACCUCACCACCUUUGAUGGGGCCCGUGGUGCCACGACCUCUCCUGGUGUCUAUGAGCUCUCUUCCCGCUGUCCAGGACUACAGAAGACUGUCCCCUGGUACCGUGUGGUUGCUGAAGUCCAGACCUGCCAUGGCAAAACUGAGGCUGUGGGCCAGAUCCACAUCUUCUUCGAGGAUGGGAUGGUGACGGUGACCCCAAACAAGGGUGUGUGGGUGAAUGGUCUCCGAGUGGAUCUUCCAGCUGAGAAGUUAGCAUCUGUGUCUGUGAGUCGUACACCUGAUGGCUCCCUGCUAGUCCGCCAGAAGGCAGGGGUCCAGGUGUGGCUUGGAGCCAAUGGGAAGCUGGCUGUGAUGGUCAGCGAAGACCAUGCUGGGAAACUGUGUGGGGCCUGUGGAAACUUUGACGGAGACCAGACCAAUGAUUGGCGUGACUCCGAGGGGAAGUCAGUGAUGGAGAAAUGGAGAGCACAGGACUUCUCCCCAUGUUAUGGCUGAUCAGUUGUCCACCGGGAGUGAAGACUUCCUGAAGAAGACCUGAUCCUCCUGGAGGUUGCAGGGGCUGAAGGAUGCAUCAUGUGCUCCUACCCUGCUCUACCAGUCUUCUGGGUCACAGAGGCCAAAUGUGAGAGCGUUGAAUAAAUCUCUUAAGCUAAGCUGCA